CGCCAUCGGUCACGUCAGUAUCAGUCUGUUUCCAAAUUUGGUCGAAGUUGCACCGUCUCCGGCGCAUUUGGCUUUUGCGAGUCCCUCUCUCUCACAUUCGGAGUUCUUUGACUUCUGUGCCCGGUCGGGGAAAGCCUAACCUCCAGCGGCUAUUGAAUUAGCGUGUUUUGUGAGUCUCUAGGUGUGCUGUGUUCCCCGAAAAAAAGGGUCAGAACUAUCCAGAGGGAGCGUGGUGUGGUGCCUGAUAACGAGUGUGUGCGAUCCGUUCUCGUCGAAGAACACGUCGGGUUUUCGUAACCAAACACAAACCGCCAUCAACUCCAUCAACCAGCGAUAUGGCGCCCCGCAAUAAGGAGCAGGAAGAGGAGGUGCUGAAGUGGAUCGGUGAUGUGCUCGGUCAGCCCCUUCCACCCGGCGUCUACGAGGACGUGCUGAAGGAUGGCGUGGUGCUGUGCAAGCUGAUCAACAAGCUGGCCCCGAACUCGGUCAAGAAGAUCCAGGAGACCGGCACCAACUUCCAGCUGAUGGAGAACGUGCAGCGGUUCCAGACGGCCAUCAAGGAGUACGGGGUGCCGCAGGAAGAAAUCUUCCAGACGGCCGACCUGUUCGAGCGCCGUAACAUCCCCCAGGUCACGCUGUGCCUGUACGCACUCGGCAGAAUUACUCAGAAGCAUCCGGAGUAUGAAGGGCCGACACUCGGACCGAAGAUGGCGGAGAAGAACGAGCGCACGUUCACCGAGGAGCAGCUGCGUGCCUCCGAGGGCGAACUGAACCUGCAGAUGGGCUACAACAAGGGCGCCACGCAGGCCGGCCAGGGUUCGUUCGGCAAUACGCGCCACAUGUAGGGGUGUCCUUCACCCCCUGCACACGAUCACAAAUCACCACACCCACCCGCAUCACCAUUCUCCAUUUUCCAACUUUUCCAUUUCGCGUCAUCUUUAAUUUUAGACCGUAAUACGCGCGCGCGCGCGCGCGCCUAUUAGCGGGGCGUGCGUGCUGGCGUUGUCGGUUUGUAGUACCCUUUUUUUUUUUUUUAGUAUUCUCUGGGUCGUCAGCUGAUGCGGUAGCUGCAUCCCUCUGAUUACUACCCUUGCUUGCACCCCCUUACCCCCCUCAAAGGUUAUCCCCUCCCGCGGUGGGUAUUAAUUACACUUCUACUUGUAGAGUGUGCUUUUUUGUGUAUCGGUUCCGCUACAUUAAGCGCGUGUGUACACACACGAUGUGUACACUG